AUGCCUGAUCCAGUAAAAGCACCGAAGAAGGGCUCCAAGAAGGCCGUGUCCAAAGCCACCAAGACCGGCAAGAAGAAGAGAAAGACCAGGAAGGAGAGCUACGCCAUCUAUGUGUACAAGGUGCUGAAGCAGGUCCACCCCGACACCGGCAUCUCCUCCAAGGCCAUGGGCAUCAUGAACUCCUUUGUGGGGGACAUCUUUGAGCGGAUCGCCGGUGAGGCUUCCCGCCUGGCUCACUACAACAAGCGCUCCACCAUCACCUCCAGGGAGAUCCAGACCGCCGUCCGCCUUCUGCUGCCCGGUGAGCUGGCCAAACACGCCGUGUCCGAGGGCACCAAGGCCGUCACCAAGUACACCAGCUCCAAGUAA